UUUUCCGGCCCAUAAUUUUAUAUUAAAAAAAAAUAUGAGUGAGUAUAAAAGGCUUUUACUUUUCUCUGGUUUUAACCAUACAUUCUUCAGUCUUUCAAGUGUGAACAACCUUUUUACGGCCUAUUUUGUCCUCCUGCAUUUGCAAUGGCUCCACCACGCCGAUCAGCUCGGUCUCAUUCCCCAGCUCCACCACGCCUGCCUCCCAGACCAUCGGCCCUGGGUGCUCUUCGCAGACAGUACCGCCAACUUCAGCUCUCCUCUCUUGCUGCUGAGUUUACUCAUUUUUUAGAACAGCUCUCUAGCCCAAAUAUCCCAGCUAAUGCCUUCGUGCCUCCUCGCAUUUCGCGGGGUCUUACAAUGCUUGAUGGGAGUACACAGACUUCCCCUGAUCUCAGCCGUCGUCACGACUGCUCCUGUUUUCCUGACACGACACCACAGUUUUCUCCCUAUCCUUCACACUGGUCUACCACUGGUUCUUUCCCUGCUUCUCCCGUUCCGCCAAACCAGCGUGCUCCUGUGUCUUCACCCAUCCCUGGACCAAGCUACGCUUUUAUGUCCCCUGUCCAUGCUUCUGUGUCUUCACCUGGGCCUAGAUUCAACUACUCCUUCAUUUCCCCUGCUGCUGCAGAACCCCAUACACCCUGCUAUUUCAAUAAAGACGAUUAAUCUCCCUCAA